AUGAGUGAGGAUCUUAUUUUCCUUCGUGAGGAGCUCGCGAGUUACCCCUCAUUUGAGGUGAGGAUAGGUAAUGUUACAAUAGCAGUGAAUGAACAUUUAGCGAGGCGCGCGCAUCGUUGCCGUUUGGCCCAUCAAUCUGGCUCCCAGAAGAAUCAAAUAGCAAUUACACAGUUCUUUAAAAAUGAAAAUAACGUAUCAAGUCAACCACAAUCAUUAACAAAAACUUCGGAGCCCACGGCGUCAAUCAAAACAAGCAAACGAAAAGCUGCCAAUACUAGUGAAGAGAAUAAUGAUGAAUCUAUCAAAAAAACUAAAGUUGAUGUCAAGUUAAAGUCGAAAUUGAAUGAAAAUGAGAAAUCAUCACAGAAAGGAAAUGUUGAAAAUAAAGCGGUGACUCCCACAAAGCUUAUGGACACACCAGAAAAGAAAAUUCAGAGAUCUCCCCUGAGCAUGCUUUUAGAAAACGAAAAACAUGGUAAUGGUACACCAUCAAAGCUUAGACCAAUAAAAAUCAAAAACAAUCAUGUUGAAAGUAAUGGAUCACAAGAAAAAGAAGUACAUAUUUAUAAUCAUGAUAAAAAAUUAAUCAAUAGUCCGACUAAAGAAAGUUCAAAUUCACCAAAGAAGGUAUUAAGAUUUUUAACUUUAGAAAAGUUCUCUGUACAAGAGCUAUCCCCAUCCAAGAAAGGGUCUACUGUUGCUAUACAAAAUGGUGAUGAUUUGGGUGAUAUUUUUGGUGAUGAAUGGGAAUUGGAUAAUAUCACUGAAAUGGAUCAAGUUGAAGACUUAGAUCUUACUUUGAUGCAGAGAUGUGAAGUUAUCAAUGUGAUACAACAUCCUGCUAAAAUAGAAGUUAAAUUAAAGAAUGCCACUAAUAAUAAGGGCACUUGCUUUAUUGAAGGAAUUUGGUUAGACACUCCAUUAAGUUCCAGAGAUAUUGUUGGAGUGAUUGCAUUUCGUAAUUCUUCUGGGCAGUUUUGUAUUAACAACUCGUCAGGGUUGCUAGUUCUUUAUCCUGAUUACCUCAUGUCUUCUACCAGUGUUGUUGCUGGAGUAUUUUGUAAAAGAAAAGCUGUUCUACAAGAGCGUUGGAGAGGCAUUGAUCCUGCAAAUGCUGCUAUGACUAUUGGCAUAAUUAUACAUGAAUUAGUGCAAAAGGUGCUAACUCAAAAUAUCACUGAUGUCACACAAAUAGUAGUUGAAGCAGAAAGAAUAGUAAAAGAAUCCAUACAGCUUCUUUAUGAUGCAGGUCUGACAGAGGAGGAAGUUAAUAAUAAUAUGAAAGUUUAUAUAUCACCCCUUGGUGAUUUUAUGAACACAUAUUUUGCUUUAAAAUCGGAGACUGCACCACUUAUGACGCGAGGACAAAGAGAUAUUUGGAAUGGGAAAAUAAAAAGAGUUUUGGAUAUAGAAGAAAAUUUAUAUUCUCCACAACUAGGUUUAAAAGGAAAAAUUGAUGUGACAUUAGAAGUAACAGUACCUACUGGAAAAGGUGACAAUCGGCAAGUAGUUCCUUUAGAGUUGAAAAGCGGUAAAGCUUCUAUGUCUGCGGAGCAUCGCGGACAGUUAGUGUUGUACGGCAUGAUGCUGACCGCACAACGAGGAGAGGAUCCCACCCGGACGGAACAACGCGGCUUACUUUUAUAUUUAAAGGAUCGCGUGGAACUCAAAGAAGUUUCUUGUGGAUAUCCAGAGCGGCGCGACUUGAUGAUGUUGCGAAAUCAACUUGUUCAGAACUUAGCUGCUGGUCCUAAACUUGCCGCCACCGAACAGUUAGUGGACAUUGAAGAGGCUUCAUCAUUGCUACAGCAGAAGCUCCCAGAACCAAUCCACAGGCAGAAUGUCUGCUCCAAGUGCCCAUACCUCACUAUAUGCUCGUUGCAUUUAUGGCACACGAAUGAUACCACAGUGUCAGACACUCAUCCAUUGUCGACAUUACGUGAAUCGGCGCUCGGUCAUUUAAACUCUGAACAUAUAAAAUAUUUCUUACAUUGGACGACGCUGCUCAGGAUUGAGGAAAUAGGACAAUCGUCUUCGCCGCUACACACGCUAUGGACUGACAGUGUUGAGAUAAGAGAAAAUAGAGGUACUUGUGCGGGUAAUCUUCUAUUGAAGUCUGUGGAAGGGACUGGUGUUAAAUUUCUUCAUAUAUUUGGCAGAGCUACAAAACAUGGAGAUUCUAUUGGGAAUACCAAAACUAGGUACAGUGGGCCACAAGAAGGCGAUUUCUGCUUAGUCAGCGUAGAUGGUAGACCAUGGGUCGCUGCCGGGGUUAUAGUGUGUACUAACAAUGACCAAAUACAUAUGCAGUUGGAAAGGGAUCUAAGCAGUCGAUAUGACAAUAGUACAAAUUUUCAUAUAGACACAUAUGAGUCUUACGCAAGUACCAUUCAAAAUUUAACUAAUUUAGGAGUAUUAUUGGAUGACAGUGAUAGAUCACAAAGACUCAGAAGGUUGAUUAUAGAUAAAGAGAAACCAGAAUUUGAAAAGAAGUUACCGCGUGAGAUAGGACGUUUGGCCACCAAGUUGAUGCGCUCUCUCAACAUACAACAACAGAGGGCGGUAUUGCGCUCACUCGCAGCUAAACAUUACGCUUUAUUGAAGGGACUUCCCGGCACUGGUAAGACGCAGACUAUCAGUGUAUUGAUACAGAUGCUGGUGGGAUUGAAACAACGAGUUCUUGUCACCGCUCAUACACACUCCGCCGUCGACACGGUGUUAGCCAGAUUGCCAGAGUCGAUGCGUAUAAUGAGAUUGGGCGCUCAAUCGCGAGUUGCUGCCGGAUUAGUUGGUCGGUGUGAGCAAAAGUUGGCAGCCGAAUGUGACACUACACUGAAAUUGGAACAACUUUACGAUUCCAUGGAAGUGGUCGGUGUGACUUGUCUCGGGGCGACUCACGCCAUGUUGAGUAGAACAACGUUCGAUGUGUGUAUAGUCGAUGAAGCGACGCAGGUUUUACAGUGUACUGUACUGCGGCCGUUAUUCGCAGCGAAGCGUUUCGUUCUUGUUGGUGAUCCUGAACAGUUACCUCCUGUCGUCCGGAGUAGAACAGCUAGGCGGUUGGGUAUGGAAGUAAGUUUGUUUCAUCGUUUAAUGAGCGACGAGGCUACGUGUACUCUACAACUGCAGUACAGAAUGAACCGUCAGUUGACACAUGUUGCCAAUAGAGUGGCUUACAAUGGACUGCUGCAAUGUGCUGCAGAUAAUGUCGCAGAUUCCAGACUCCGUAUCGACCUUACAAAAAUUUCAAAUCUCACUCAAACUUCGCAAUGGGUCUCAUUGGCUUGCAGUCCUGAGUCUGAACAUGCGGCUGUGUUUUUAGAUCUUUCGGCAGAAAUUAUAGAUGAUGAUAACGUUAAUUCUUGCACUAAUGAUACUGAGGCUUGUUUGGUACUAGCGCUAAUAAAUGCGCUAAUGAAGUUGACGAUGAAGGAAAAUCAUCACUCACUCACACUCCUCAUUAAAAUUAUUGUUUCUACUAACUAA